AGCGCACGACGGUAUAUAAAGAAAGGCCUGACAAUCAGGUGACUGCAACUUAAACUCUACCCACCCAGUGUAUAACCAGAAUGUCAGCGUCACUUUUUAAGUCUUUUUUAUAGGUUUGCUAAGAUAAAUAGAAAUCUGAAGGCCCUGUUACACGGUGCAAUUUUUUUGCAACUUUCAAUGCAAUCCUACUUUUAGGAGAUGUAAAUUAAUAAGUGUAACCAGCUGUUGAGUGUUAUAAAAACAAACGUCAGUAGUUGCCAAAUUUACAUGUCUCGAAAGUAGAACUGCAUUGCAAGUUGCAUGAAAAAUGCCUUUAUUCUGUCUACAUAUAUGUUUACUUAUUCGUUCCACUGUUCGGCUCAAUUCCGCGCAAUUUUCAGGGACUCUUCAUUCCCAGGGUAUGCGCUAAGCUGUCCCGCGUGACACUUGCGGGAAGGACACGUGUUCCAAUAUGGCCACCACAGAAGAGGUUGAAUAUUAUAAACUUUACAAAAAUCGACCCCUAUAUUUUCAUUUUUAUAUUGCUCCUUUUGUACUGUUGUAUUUAUUAUGGCUCUAUGCUUGGUUUAUGGUCUAUGGAGUAUCAGAUUAUUUCGAAAUUGGCGCUAUUAUAGGAGUUGUAAUAUUACUUACUCAAAUUUUAAUUUGGUUGUUCAGUAUGUGGUCUGUUCAUGUGCGUUGUUUUUUAACCUGCAGUACGGCCAGUAGUCCAAAGAAUGCUGAUGUAGUUAAAGUUGUGCCCACACCUAACAAUGGAUCUCCAGAGCUUGUCCGGUUACACCAUUCCAAGAUGGCUGAAACUGGUGAAGAAGUAAUAUGGUUUAAAUUUCAGAAAUUGAAAUAUAUUUAUGAUGCAGAAGAGAAGAAAGUGUUUCUUCCUGUUGACUUUCCUAUUGAUCAUAGCAUGGCAUAUUACAAGACUGCAAAGGGAUAUCAAGAUGAUUCUGAAAUAGCGAGGUUUUCAACUAAAUAUGGAAAGAACAAAUUGGAAAUGAAUAUUCCUGAAUUUAUGGAGUUGUUUAAAGAGAGAGCAACUGCACCAUUUUUUGUCUUUCAAGUAUUCUGUGUUGGUUUGUGGUGUUUAGAUGAAUAUUGGUAUUACAGUGUGUUUACAUUAAUCAUGCUGGUAGCAUUUGAAGCAACAUUAGUUCAACAGCAAAUGAGAAAUAUGAAGGAAAUACGCAAUAUGGGAAGCAAACCAUUUCAAAUACAGGUCUACCGAAAUCGUAAAUGGCGUCCGAUUAUGAGUGAAGAGCUGUUACCAGGAGAUAUUUGUUCUAUAGGUCGAUGCCAGAAUCAAGAUAUUUUAGUGCCUUGCGAUCUCUUACUAUUACGAGGGUCGUGUAUUGUUGACGAGGCCAUGUUGACCGGGGAAUCUGUUCCGCAAAUGAAGGAGGCAAUUGAAGAUGUUGAUGACAAGGAAGUAUUAGAUCUAGAACAACAUGCGAAACUUCAUCUUCUCUCUGGUGGAACUAAAGUUGUACAGCACUCUCCGCCCCCAAAGACAAUGUCAGGUCUUAAAGCUCCUGACAAUGGUUGUGUUGCAUUUGUAUUAAGAACUGGAUUCAAUACAUCUCAAGGAAGACUGUUGAGAACCAUUUUGUUUGGUGUUAAACGUAUAACUGCGAAUAAUUUAGAAACAUUUCUCUUCAUCGUUUUCUUAUUAGUGUUCGCUAUCGCUGCCUCGUCCUACGUAUGGAUUCAUGGUACAGCGGACCCGAGACGCAAUCGAUACAAAUUGUUUUUAGAAUGCACCUUAAUUCUUACGUCAGUAGUACCACCAGAACUACCGAUAGAACUUUCCCUCGCUGUAAACUCAUCUUUACUGGCUCUUUCAAAAUUAGGAGUAUUUUGCACUGAACCAUUCCGUAUUCCAUUUGGUGGUAAAGUUGAUAUUUGCUGUUUUGAUAAAACUGGCACGUUGACUAGUGAUAACCUUGUGGUAGAGGGCGUGGCAGGAAUAAGUGAGUCUGACGAGGAGAGUUGUGGUCUGUCGGAUGUUCCCAAUGAAACCCUCCAAGUAUUAGCUUCCUGUCAUUCUCUGGCCUAUGUUGAUACGAACCUGGUUGGCGAUCCCUUGGAAAUUGCUUGUCUAUCUGCCAUAGACUGGACUUUAACGAAAGGAGAUAUCGUGAUGCCGAAGAAAGGAAAGAAGCAAUCAUUACGUAUUGUUCAUAGAUAUCAUUUUGCAAGCUCGUUAAAACGUAUGUCUGCUAUCGUGUCAGUUCAAACGCCGGGAUCUUCUCAUUCAACAUAUAUCGCGACCGUCAAAGGGGCGCCGGAAACUCUUCGUUCAAUGUAUACAAGCAUUCCUGACAACUACGAUACUGUAUAUCACAAGAUGACCACGCAAGGAGCCAGAGUGCUUGCACUUGGUUACAAAACUCUCGGUGAACUACAAGCCAAAGACAUACGAGAACUCAAACGUGAUUCAGUGGAGUGCAAUUUAACUUUUGCUGGUUUUGUUAUCAUUUCCUGUCCUCUGAAAUCAACAUCGAAGAAUGCAAUUAAAGAAAUACAACACGCCUCGCAUCACACUGUUAUGAUCACUGGUGAUAAUCCACUUACUGCUUGUCAUGUGGCGAAAGAGCUCAAGCUAACGAAAAAACAAAUAUUGAUAUUAUCCGCGUCUGGUGAUAGCUCUGAUGAAGAACAAUCGUGGUGUUGGCAGUCGUUAGAUAAAACUGUUUCACUACCUUUGAUUCCUGAUGGUGGUUUCAAAACGUUUAAGCAAAAUUAUGAUCUUUGUGUUACUGGCGAGGCAUUUCCUUUGCUGCAAAGUAAUGGAGCUCUUAGUAAAUCAUUGUGGCCAGUUGUUAAAGUUUAUGCAAGAGUCGCGCCAAAACAAAAGGAAUUCGUUGUAACAAAGUUAAAAGGUCUGGGUUAUGUAACUCUUAUGUGUGGUGAUGGAACCAACGAUGUCGGAGCUCUGAAACAUGCUGAUGUUGGUGUAGCAUUGUUGAGUGGGGCUCCAGAAGAAGACGCCAAGACAAGAAGACAGAAAAAGGCAGCAAACGAUGAAAUGUACAAUGAAGUGACUGUGGCGCCCAGAAAGAAGCUCUCCAGUAACUCUACAUCGCAAUUACCCGCCGGGAAAUCUAAAGCUGCUAAAAUGCGUGCCGUGGCCCGUGGUGAAAACACUGCUGGUAUUUCAAGCAAGUCUGAACAAGAGAAAAAACUUCAAGAAAUGUUGAAAGCUCUGGACGAGAUGGAAGAAUCAAAGGUCGUACGCUUAGGAGAUGCGUCAAUUGCGUCACCUUUCACAUCGAAGCAUUCUUCGAUAAAUAGCGUUUGCCAUAUUAUCAAACAAGGAAGGUGUACAUUGGUAACAACGUUACAGAUGUUCAAGAUUCUUGCGUUGAAUGCCUUGAUAUUAGCUUAUAGUCAGAGUGCUCUAUAUUUAGAUGGUAUCAAAUUCAGUGACGGACAAGCAACUUUGCAAGGAAUUCUUCUGGCUGGAUGUUUCCUCUUUAUCUCAAGAUCAAAGCCUUUGAAGAUUCUCUCUAAAGAAAGACCAUUGCCAAACAUAUUUAACUUGUACACACUUCUGACAGUAUCUUGUCAGUUUGCUGUUCAUUUCUACUCAUUAUAUUUCUUAACAAAGCAAGCCAAGCGCUGGACGCCGGGAAGAACAGACAAUUAUGUUGAUCUUGAUUCAAAGUUUGAAGCAAGCAUAAUAAACAGCACAGUUUAUCUCAUCUCAAUAGCAAUGCAACUUUCCACAUUCGCUGUCAACUAUAAGGGUCACCCUUUUAUGGAAAGUUUACUAGAAAACAAAGCAUUAUUGUACAGUCUGACCGCAUCUGCUGGAGCAAUAAUGAUGUUAACUACUGGAGUGUCUGUUGAUUUCUGCAAUCAAUUUGAGAUUGUCCCAAUGCCAGAUACGCAUCGUACAAUCAUUCUACAAGUGAUAAGUGUUAACUUCGUCAGCUGUUGGUUCAUUGACCGACUGCUACAAUUCAUUCUCGGAAACGCUAGGAUGAAAUCAGCUUAAAAAACCCUCUCCAAAUCCUGCAUCAUACCUUUCCGUAAACUUCUGAACAAGAGAGCAUCUCUCCUGAAUAUUGUCCCUUGACAGACAACAUUCGACUGAUCCCGGUGUUAAAGAAAUGAAAGAAAACCUAUUAGGCAGAGCUAGUUGAAAAUUUAGAAGAAUAAUAUAUGAAAUAUAAAUCGAAAAAUGAGGUCAUGUGAACACUCGAAAUAUGGCAAUCCAUAUUUUUGAACUUCAAGAAUCCUUCAAUACUCGGUGUAUACGCCAUAGAAAUGUAAUUCUUUCUCAUAGAUCCUGUUAUUCCUGUAUAGUUGACAAACAUAGCCCGGACACUGGAGAGCAAUUUUUCUCGACCAAAUCACUUUUGAUACAGGGUGUCUCAAAAAAAACGCAACACUUAAAUAUGCAAGAACAUUAAUACAGCUCUAAAGCGCGAUAGAUAAGAACCUCUGGGAAUUGAUAAUGGCUCUUA